CGCGAUGGGCAUGGGGGAGAGAAGGGAAGCAGAGACGUUUCACACACCAAGUUUCGGCGACGAGGACUUUGAAAUCCCCUCCAUUCACUCUCAUUCGCAUCAACAACAGCACCAACAGCAACAACGCCAACAACAGUCGCAACAGCAAUCUCAGCACGAUCCGAUGCACGGCUAUCAGUCUCAGAUGAUGCAGAACACCGGUGGUGGUAUCCAACAAUCCCCCGACGGAUUGAAUCUCGAUCCUGGUGGAUAUCAACAAUCGCUUUAUUUGCAACAAGACCACUCGUUACAACCGAUCAGCGUCAGUUCGACGUACAGUAACUCGCAGGGAUCGUACGCGACAAUGAGUUCACCUCGUCAGCACCACGAAAACCAGCAGAUGAUGUUGCUUCAGCAACAACAGCAGCGACAGCAAGCUCAAAUGCAGCAACAUAUGCAGUAUAUGCAUAAUCAACAGCAGCAGCAGCAGCAACAACAACAACAACAACAGCAGCAGCAACAACAACAACAACAACAAAUGCAACAGCAGAUGCAGUACAGGAGCCCGACGGGAGGCAGCCCGCCCGCAAUGCAGCAAAACACUGUUCCAGAACCAAACAACAACACUACCACCAGCGAGGACAGCGACGACAGCACGCCACACUCCGGGAUGAUCACAGGUAUCAAACGGCCCUCGCCUGAACCAGCAGACGUUGGAGCAAAGAAUCAAAGGAAACCAAAGUCGCAGAAGAAGAAGAAAAAGAGAGAUCCUAACGAGCCACAAAAGCCCGUUUCGGCGUACGCUUUGUUCUUCAGGGACACGCAGGCAGCGAUAAAGGGACAAAAUCCAAAUGCGAGCUUCGGCGAGGUGUCCAAGAUCGUUGCUUCGAUGUGGGACGCUCUGGAUAUCGAGCACAAGAACGUUUACAAGAAGAAGACCGAAGCCGCGAAGAAGGAAUACUUGCAGGCUCUGGCGGCUUACAGAGCAUCCCUCGUCAGUAAAGGGGCAGCUGAAAAUGAACAACAACAACAACAACAACAACAACAGCAGCAGCAACAGCAACCGUCACCGCAACAGCAGCAGCAACAACAGCAACAAGUUCAGUACGCAGCGUACGGCAGCUACGCCGGAAGUGGAACACCCGGGAACGUUUCUUAUCAAGUGUACAGCCCGCAACCUCAACCGCCGUCGCCUCAGCAACAACACGCGCAUCAGCAUCAGCAUCAACAUCAGCAUCAGCAGCAGUCGCAACAAAUGCAAAUGAAAAAAUCCCCCCAUCAUUUGGCAAUGUCAGGAAAUCAGCAACAACAAACGCAACAGGGUUUGAUGAACAAUUCAAUGGCGCCGACACAUAUGUCCCAACAACAACAGCAAUCGCAGUCACAGUCGCAGCAGCAGCAACAACAUAUGCAACAGCAGCAGCAGCAGCAGCAGGUCUCGCAGCAGCAAUACAUGCAACAGGUACAGCAACAGCAAGUACAGCAACAGGUGCAGGCACAACAACAGUCGCAGCAACAUCACCAUCAUCAACAGCAACAGAUGAUGCAUUCGAGUAAUCAAAAAGGGGAUUCGUUGUCGAGCCCGCCGUCAGUGAACUCUACCGCUCAAGCGACUAUGGGCGGUCAGAGACCCGCGUCUAACGCAUGCAUACGACACGGAUGCCCGAAUCCCGCUGUAGCCAACAGCGAAUGGGAGGACGAGUACUGCAGUAACGAAUGCGUGGUUAGCCAUUGCAGAGACGUGUUCACUACGUGGGUGUCUUCGAAUCAAAAUCCGCAGCAAAACUUCUCGACCGUAAAAUAAGAAUCUGUACACUAUGAUUGUAAUAGCGCGAUAAUCCUGAACGCGUACGGCUAUCGUUCGUUCCUAACCGACACGAGCACGCCUCGAUGCGUUUUGUGUACAUAGAUUGACAUGGAGGUCGCGUAAAAUCAAAAAAGAAGAAAAAGAAAAAAAAAGAAUAAAUAAAAGAGAAAAUCCCAGACCGACGACAUGAACACACACCGGUCUCUCUCUCUCUCUCUCUCUCUCUCUCUCUCUCUCACUCGCUCGCUCACUCGCGCGCGCACACACACACACACACACACUGGUGCGUCAUUUCAGUGAAAGACUGUUUGCGACAGCACGAUGCUUGCGAACGCCGGAUACUCCACUUUGAUUAGGGCUGAGACUAUUAUUCGGAUGUUACUGUUUUAAUUUCAUUUUUUCCGUUGUAGGUUUCCUUGUAUGACAAAAUUAGCCAAAUGUUAUUACAUAUUACGGCUACUUAAACGCAUAUGGAUGUUAAGAUAUUCCGAAUUAACUUAGGAAACUCGAGUUCGCGAUAGUACUCGUGUAAUGAAGUAUCCACAUCGUAUUUAAAUCAUGCUUGACGAAUAUUUGAAUCGCUAAAGGAUUAGAAUAAAAAACUGAUUUGACGAGUAACCCUAUUCUCGACGGAUCUUCCGGCGCCAUGACAAGCAUCCUCGCUGUUAUCGCGAAAGAGUAUUAGAAUCGCCAAAGUAGCCGAUUAAAUCGGGCUGUAGUUGGAAGGAAUCGAUAUAUCGUCGUCGUCGCUGUGCAUUUUUCGAAGCAAUCGGAAACGAAAGAACGAUGAAUCGAGUGUAAGUAAAAUUGCAUUCCUGUGGACGUGGUUAGUUAGCGACUCGUUUAACAAUAAUAAAGGUAAUUUCGUAGGAAUAUAUUCACAACCAUAGGAUACGUGUAUUUAAAAGUUGUUUGCUUGGCCAUGGAACGUGGGGUAUUGAUUGUGGUCGCAACGAACUCUAACACACGUAUCGUACAAUCGUUCGAACGUGCGAUCGAAGGCACGAAAGUUGUCCUAACAUCGUAGAAAUCGGCAUUUUCGAAUAACUACCUUAGUUUCCGCAACGCUAACACAACUGUCGAGUCUUCGGUUGUACGCUAGCGAAAUUAAGUAGCGUGACUUACGAUCUCACGAUACGGUGAACAUACUCGUGGACCAGAGAGUCUGCGUAUCAAUGACGCGCACUCCGUUUCAAGUUCUUUCGCGAGUUCCAAAGUUCGGCGCGCGUAUUCGAAUCGACGAAAAUACGCUUCCGCGAGAUUCCCACGUAAAAGAAGGGAUUAGGAAAACUGAUUUAAACAGCGAACGAACUGGUGGUUGCGUUCUCGUUUCGAAAAAGGUGGCUGCGGACUUGCAACGCAAUUUAUUUUUGUAUAAUUUUACAAACGAUCGAUCCCAUAUAUAGCAAUACGCGACUCACGACGGACACGAGUAAAGAAAGAGCGACGACGUCGAGUGGUUCAGUAUUGAUUUGGACGGUUUCCGGUAGUUUUGUUUGUUACACACUUGGUUCGUUUGACGACCUAUUUCGGGAAGAUUUGUCGCGUAUGGACUCCGAUGUCGUUGUUCUUUAAAUUGAUUGCUGGCGAGCAGAGCUAGUGGUGGGACUGAUACAAAUCGUAUCAACGAUACAUUAUACGCAUCUACCUCGCGCAUAAGUGACAUUUGGGUGAAUGAUUUCACCGCUGGCAGCGCUAAUACUUGGCGAAUACCCGUGUACUUUGUUCAAGUUUCGAUGCUAUUGAAAUUAACGCUAUCAAUCGGUAUCAAUACCAAGUAGAUAUCGAUAUAUCGCUGUAAAUAUAAUAUAUAUGGAAUAGGAACUAAAAUUUAAUCGUUGCGAAACAAGCAAUCCAAAGAAAUAGAUACAGUUUCGAGUAAUUAACGUCUACUCGAUUUUUACGGUAUCGAAUCGAUGCAUAUUCGUUAUAAAAGUUGAGAUGUUGGUUGAAAAAGUAUUAGGUAUCGUACGUAAUCUAUUCGUGUCAGUACUCGUCCGAGCAUCCAAAUGGUUCAAGAGGAAACGAUACUUUGUUUUCUAGUAUCGAUGGCAUCGAUACGGUAUCAGUCCCAUCAUUGUCCAAAGCGAACCCGUGUCGUUAUUUAUUUGAAAUUAGUCGAUUGUUCAAUAACGUAAUCUCCUGCAGUAACGCGAGCUUUCGAUCGUGGGAGAAGCAUCUAAAAUCGAUUAUCGAACUUCACUAGGCACGCAGUAGAGAAGACCGCGUACGCGCGGCAACAUAUGUACGCACCAAAUGUGCACACAAACGCAACGCGUAUGCGCGGAACGUUCAUCUUGCCAAACUUUCGUGAUUCUACGAGACUCUGGAUCGCUGAAAGAAGCAUUUGGGAAUAGCGUGCUAUAAUGUUUGUAUUGAAAGAUGUAACGUUUCCGUGUGACCUUAUCGAUAUAAGUUUUUUUAAAAUCUCUUUUUUUUUUUAACAUCCCUGUACAUAGAGAAAGAAAUAUUCCAUAGAUUUUUAAGUAUACACGAUGUAAACAUAAUCGAUAGUGUACCAUACUCUGAUAACAACCUUCGGUAUAUCAUAAAAGCAUACGAAUAUAAAACAAAACUGAAUCAGCAUUGUGCAUAUAUAUAUACCGGGUGAUUCUGGAGAUUGGCACAAACUUGUAAUUCGUUUCCACGCGAAUUAUACGAAGAAUAGUUGAAUUCCGUAACGAGGACUAAUUUUUGAAUAGUAUUUCAUAUUAAAAGUAUUGUUGCGUAGGUCUUUUAUGUAUGAAUCGAUAACGUGUUGAUAAAAUAUUUCUUAAUCAAAUGAUUUAGAGUUGACUUUAUCCGUCGGACGUUCCACGAUAACCUCAAUUUUUCAAUGUGUAUUUGGAUCCUUUGCGAGAGAAAAUCAACGAAUUGAAAAACGUGUCCCGUAAACAUAAUUAAUCAUACUCGAUAAGUUGAAGAUUAAGUCAAUAUGUAAAAAGAAAUCGAUAGUAUUCAAACAAUAAUUGUAUUCGUUGAAUCCACGUAAUGGAAUUGUUCUAGUUGAGGUUAUUGUACGCGAGCAAGCAAAGAAAUAAAUUUGGAAAGAUGGUCCUCGGUGCAUUAUUCAAUUCUUCUUGUGUCUUUUCAUAGAAAGAAACUAAAGUUUGUUUUAGUAUUUAGAAUCACCAUCUAUAGAUAAGCACGUACGUACGCAUAUAUGUCAUGUGAACGUAUACGCGUCACGCUCUGGUAUACACACCUCUAUAAAUAUAUAUAUAUAUGUACGUAUGUAUGUAUGUAUUAUCGUAUAAAUGUAGAAGUGUGUACUUACGGGCGUGUACAUACACAUGCAUACACAAAGUGUAAAAAGUAAUUGCCAAUGCAUUGCCGAGUAAAACUGAGCGGACAUCGAUUCACCUACGACACUAUUCGAGAGAUACACGAAGCAAGGCACAGAGGAAUAAAUCGUAUAAAAUCAUCGCAUCGUGUAAACCAUGAUAAAAAUAGAGGAAACAAAUUUUCCUCCGACAUUAGUCAUAAUCGCGUCGAGAUCUGUAUACUAAAAAAAAAAAGGAAAAGAAAAUAAAUUUAGAAAAUAUCGAGUUA